CUUUGUGUUCUGCUCAGGUCUACUGAAGGAAGGUGGCUCCAGUUCCCAAUGUCAGGACACAAGUCGGUGACCUAGCGGGAGGGGGAAGCCUGCACGCCGGCUACCCAUGGAAUCGGGCUACUACUCCGAGAUGGAGAACGUGGAUUCAGCCUCGGGCCACGUGUCGGACUCGGCCGCGGACCCCCAGGGCCAGGGGGGGUUGCAGAGGAGCAGGGGGGGCCGGAGCCGGUCUGGCGGAUCCGGGGGCCGCAGGAAGCGCGAGUUCAUCUCGGACGAGAAGAAGGACGACAGCUACUGGGAGAAGCGGCGCAAGAACAACGAGGCAGCCAAGCGGUCGCGGGAGAAGCGGCGCAUCAGCGACCUGGUGCUGGAGAACCAGGUGUUGGCGCUGAACCAAGAGAACGUUAACCUCAAGUCCGAGCUGCUGGCCCUCAAGCUGAGGUUCGGCCUCAUCACCACCGCCGCCUACUCCGAGAAGAGCCGGCAACUGGCCGGCGAGGCGGUCAGCUCCAUCUACACCACCGCCUACUCCACCGGUCCCACCAUGCUCCUCCAGUCCGACUCGUCCGAGGCCGAGCACUCCAGCCGGAGCAGCGGCUUCACCCCCAUCAGCAAGUACUCGCCCCGGGGCUCCCUCUCGGAUGUGAGCAACACCUCGCUCAGCGCCGGCAACAGCCCCGAGCACACGGUGCAAGCGGACACCAAGCGAGACAACUCCAUGGACAGAGACAGGGACAGGGACCCCUUCAUCAAGGAGGUCAUGAACGUUCAGGUGGUCUUUGAUGCCUCCGAGCCCACGUCGUUCGUGAGGGGGGGCUACGAUGAGAUCGGGUUCGUCAGCUACAAGGAGUCGGCCAAGUACAACCACUCGACCAGGGACAUCAUUCAGUUCGGGUGCCUGGAAGGGACGGGCCCUUAUUCCGCCCGGCGGGGAGACUAUCGGGUCCCCUCCGGCCAUGGGGAACACGGGAUGGACUCGCCGCUGAGAGCGGGACGCACUCUUCCCACCGACCCGCUCUUGGCCCCGUCUCAGCGGUACUACCCCACCGAGGCUCCGGUCCCCGAGAAGCCAGCCGCCCAGCUGGGAUACCUCCACCAUGCCCAGAACACGGCUGGUGAGCUGGUGAAGCGCUUCGAGGUCCAGAACCCAGAUGAUGUCCCACCUCCGCACUUCUCCAUUGGGAAGCAGGAGGUUCCCAGCUCUGUUAUCGAGGCCCCACCAGGGUUGGACCAGGGCAUGGUGCCACCGGUCAAUGUACCAGCCUGCACGCUCUCCGAAGGCUCGGACAGCGAUAGCCAGGAGAGAGGGAACAGGCACGGUCGUGUCAUUGGGACCCACUCUGACCCCAGCCAGGCACGCAAGAGGACAGCCCUGCCUCACAAGCUCCGGCUGAAGGUCCGAGCCAUCCAGGGCAGCGGGCAAGAGACCAAGCAGGACCAUCCCCCUUCUGGCCAUCGAGAUCACAGCAGCGCACCACUGCAGCGGCAAUUCAGCUUCCACCGCAGCGGAUGCAUCGUGAAGAGUUGCAUUCCUGCAUGCGGCAAGGGCGACCUUUGGAGCGAGACGGGACUUCUAGCUGCGACAGCAGGGCGGCAGUGGCAGGGUGGGCUCCCGAGGCAGUUUGAGGAAGACCCUUCCAAAGGCUCCACCAAUCUCCCGAGGUCCGUGGACUCUGUAGCUGGCUACAAGGCCCUUGAAGGGAACGCCAUGGAGUCAACUGAGGAAUGUCCACUCCAUGCUGAGCGGAACAGUGCAACCAGGUCCACCGAAGGUCAACUCAUGUAGAGAUGGGAAAUAAGGUCUGACUGUCCGGGACUACUACAAUGUCUCUCCAUGUGGGGAGUAUCUCCCUCUAGCUGGGUAGCAGCAGCAUGAUGAUGUACAAGGAUGGCCUCCACGCACACAUUCCAACACUGGAGUUGCUUUCUGGACAAGAGAUGGUGCAUCAAUAUCCUUUAACCUUUCAGGGAUUCAAUCACACUGAGAUUCACUAUAAGAUGCAAACUGAGCCAAUGCCCACAUUAAGCAUGUUCUGAUGGGGUUGUUCCAACACGGAGGUGAUUGAGGUAGACAACCUGGCCCCUUGUGUCCAAUUAGUUCCUGGUCGGAUCUGUAAUGAUCCAAAUCCCAAACCAGGAAGGCCAGGGUGUUGAGGCGUGGACUCCGAGUGUAAUAGUCCGUACACUGUCUGUACUUAUCCCACCCUUCACUCCUGGAGGUCAGUUUGGUUAGUUUAGUUUUAGUUUAGAGAUACAGCGUGGAUAAAGCCCUUCGGCCCACCGAGUCCGCACCGACCAGCGAUCCACAUCCUCUAGAACUAUCCUACACACACACUCACACACUA